AUGACAGAGCGAAAAUCAAGUGGAUCGACCGUCCCUACCAGUAAAAAAAGGCUGGGGUUAUGCUUCAUGGCACUUCAUUUGAUUUCUUCUCCCCAACACGUUCAAGGUUUCGCACCUGCUACAGGGUUGUACGCACAAAGAGAUUUGGCCAUAAGAUCAGCCGGUAAUAACGUAGAUGACGAGGUAUCAAAACAGCUUGCACGGGCGAAAGAGCUACUUGCCAAAUCCAAAGCAAGGAUCGAAGCGAAGGAACUGGAAGCCAUCAACAAGGAAAAGGAAGAAAAGUCCGAGUCCGUUCCAUUCUUUGCGGCAAAGAUGGCGUCUAUGGAUCAAGACUCAAGAAAAACAAAAUUCACUAAAGACAAAAAUGAAGAGACAGGACUGUCGACUUUUGAUGGAGACAAAAUGGUGGAGCUGUCCGAAUCAGAAGAAUGGGAAGUUCGCCCACUGAGCCAAGUCUUCGAAAAUGAGAAUAAAGAUGCGGCCGAAAACCCGCUUGCAGAUCGUGAUGUAGCAGCGAGCAUCUUCAACCUUCAAAAGAAAAUGCGAACAGAGGACUACAUGAAGAUUUUUGACAAAAGAAACAGAUUUAUUGGAGAGCAAUAG